UUUUCAGACUCCUGUAAGCAUGAGUUUAUUUUUUGACAAAGUGAUCAGGCUAAAUAUUGGUGGCAAAAGGUUUGACACCCAUAAGUCUACUCUCAUGAAAUUUGAUGGAUACUUUAAGAAAUUUCUGCAGACUCCUGGAUCUAGUUUGGUUGAUCCGAUUUUCGUCGACCGCUCUCCGACAUAUUUUGAUAUCGUUUUGAACUUUAUGAGAAAAGGCCGUGCAGAUCUCCCAGAAACUCUGAUAGACCUGAAGAUGUUGCUGGAUGAAGCCGAAUAUUAUGAGCUGACAGAACUAUGUGAUGAUUGUAAACGAGAAAUUUCAAUAUUGGAUAUAGGAAUAGAAUCCGAACCGUUUCAUGAAAUUAUCCCUGAAGUUUCGGUCGUCGCGAGAAACAACAACAAUGCUAUUCCCAACAACGUGGUGGAAGUUGGAACCUUGUCUGGUGUUGCACAAAAAAUCAAAGAAAAUGUCCGCUCUUCACUGGUCAAUUUGAAGUUACUCUUCGACUCGCAAGAACCACCUGAAUUCGAUCAUCAAAAGUGUUUCAUGCUAAUAGUAAUUAUGAUUUUACUCGUUUUAUUAAUUCUAUUAAUUUCAUUCAUAGUAUCAUUCAUCUUAUUCAUCUUACAAAUUUUAUUCACUGAGUAUUGUAUUUUUGUGAAACACUUAGAUACCCUGCUGUUAACUUGUAAGCUGCCUUACAAUGUUAGAUUUUACAAUUCCUCACAAACCUCCAACAAUUUCACACCCCCUAUAAUUCUAUAAUUCUUACCAUUCCCACUCCCCAAUUGUUUCUCAUAACUCUUUCCCCCAACCUCUGUUCUUGUUACAGGUUCAAUUUGUUUUAGCAUUAUCUAUGUUAAAAGUUUCCUUGUUUUGCCUGCGAGGUGUCAUGUUUUUCUUACGGGAAAAAAAGCACAAUGGUACAAAAACGUCAUGUUUAUCAUUUUUAUUCCACAGAUCAGUUUGAACUUUUCUUCUUACAAAUCUUUGUUGAAUAAAUGUUUUUAACUAA